UCCCUUUCAGCACAACCUUAGACGAAGUUUGUCUAAAAUAUACAAGUAGCUCUUCUGUAGAAUUAUCAUCAUUCUUUAGCAUACCAUACAACACCUUCAAACACACCCAAGUUAUACUAUUACUCCCUUCAACGCAUCAUGUCUUUCCUUCGCCCACUUUCACUGGUAGCCCUUCUUUCUUUCUUCAUACUUCACUCACACGUCGAUAACGCAUUGGGUGCACACGGAGCAUCCAAUUCCAAGUUUCGCCGCGCUGCAGCUCAUCCAACAGUUCGCAAAGCCAAACUGUCAAACCAACCGCUCCUGCCCCCGCCAAAGCCGUCACUUGCACACCUUUUACCGAGCACUUCACCGCUCCUGUUGGUCAGAGUGGAUCACAAUGGGCUUCACUCUCGUCUCGCCGUGAUACUAUCAAAAUGACUCCAGGUGGUGGAGUUGAAUUGAUACUCCAGCCACCAUCUGGACCCGUUACAACUUCUAAAGACGGAACCACUAACGACAAACUCGGAGAUGGUGCUACUAUCAACUCCACAUUCGCCUUAUUGUAUGGCAAAGUUACUUUCACACUUCAAGCUUCAAGCGUUCCUGGAUCUGUCACUGCUGCGGUCUUAAUCGGAACCAAGACUGAUGACGAAAUUGACGUCGAGAUCCUCGGUGGAGACCCAACUCACUGGCAAACCAACGUUUUCCGAUCUGCACCUGGAGAAACUGAACCCUUAUAUGGUGUUUUUGGCGGUGUUCAAGGUUAUUCCGGCAGUGGAAGAGUAGAUCAAGUCCACAAAUACGUAGUCGAUUGGAGUCCCGCUCGCAUCCAAUGGUCUGUCGAUGGUCAGGUCAUGCGAACGCUCACUCCUGCAGGAACCCUUCACGGUGGACAACAGCAUUACCCCUCUGCACCCUCACGUAUCCAAAUUGGUCUUUGGGAUGCCAGCAACCCCAGUGGAACCAGCGAGUGGGCCAAAGGUCCUAUCCCUUGGUAAGCUCACAUCUCUGCAUCUUACCUCUAAGUCAUACACUCAUACCUUUAAAUCUUUAUUUCAAAUUAUCAGGGCCAAGCUUGGAAAGACCCCGAUCUCUGCCAAACUUCAAUCUGUAACGGUUGAAUGUCCUUACAAUUGAAACAUUUUUACAUUCUGAGGAUUUUUACAUAACUUAUUGUUUAUCACCAGAACAUGAUUCUUUUUUAUUUAUCGAUUAUUCUCCUCGUUGUAUAUUAACUCCUUCAGUUCAUCACUUUCACAUAAAGUGGUUUAGGAGUUCACAUCCACAUACGCUUUUUCAAGACAUCUUAUCGAAUUGCUUAUUUUUUUACUUAAACUUUGCAAAGACAUUUACUUUC